GGACGGUGUUCCGGCCCAAUCCGGCCCAGUGCCACCCCCGGAGGGUUGAACACCUGAACCACCGGGCCCAGCCAUGGAGAAAGGUGGGAAUAUACAACUGGAGAUCCCCGACUUCAGCAACUCGGUCCUGAGCCACCUCAACCAGCUGCGCAUGCAGGGCCGCCUCUGCGACAUCGUGGUCAACGUGCAAGGCCAGGCCUUUCGGGCCCACAAAGUGGUGCUGGCCGCCAGCUCCCCCUACUUCAGGGACCACAUGUCCUUGAACGAGAUGAGCACCGUCUCCAUUUCGGUCAUCAAGAACCCCACGGUUUUCGAGCAGCUCCUGUCCUUCUGUUACACCGGGCGCAUCUGCCUGCAGCUGGCCGAUAUCAUCAGCUACCUGACGGCGGCCAGCUUCCUGCAGAUGCAGCACAUCAUAGACAAGUGCACGCAGAUCCUGGAGGGCAUUCACUUUAAAAUUAACGUGGCGGAGGUGGAAGCGGAGUUGGGCCAGACGAGGACAAAGCAUCAGGAGAGACCCCCGGAGUCUCACAGGGUCACACCGAACCUGAACCGCUCCCUCAGCCCACGCCACAACACGCCAAAGGCGAGCCGGAGGGGUCAGGUGAGCACGGUGUUGGACAUCCGGGAGCUCAGUCCCCCCGAGGAGUCCACCAGCCCCCAGAUAAUCGAGCAGAGCUCCGACGCGGAGGGCAGGGAGCCCAUCCUGCGGAUUAACCGAGCGGGACAGUGGUACGUGGAGACCGGGGUGCCGGAUCGCGGGGGCCGCAGCGACGAUGAGGUCCGUGUUCUGGGAGGAGUGCGGAUCAAAACGGAGAACUUGGAAGAGUGGCUCGGGACUGAGAAUCAGCCCUCGGGGGAGGACGGGAGCAGCGCCGAGGAGGUCACGGCCAUGGUCAUAGACACGACGGCCCACGGUUCAGCGGGUCAGGAGAAUUACCCCCUGGGGUCUUCGGGAGCCAAGGUGGCCCGGCCAACGAGCAGUGAAGUCGACAGAUUUAGCCCUUCCGGCAGUGUUGUCACCCUAACCGAACGACACCGAGCCAGAAGCGAGUCUCCCGGGAGGAUGGAUGAGCCCAAGCAACCCAACUCUCAGGUGGAGGAGUCGGCGAUGAUCGGCGUGAGCGGCUACGUGGAGUACCUGCGGGAGCAGGAAGUGUCCGAGCGGUGGUUCCGCUACAACCCCCGCCUCACCUGCAUCUACUGCGCCAAGUCCUUCAACCAGAAGGGCAGCCUGGACCGCCACAUGCGCCUGCACAUGGGGAUCACGCCAUUUGUGUGCCGCAUGUGCGGCAAGAAGUACACGCGCAAGGAUCAGCUGGAGUACCACAUCCGCAAGCACACGGGCAACAAGCCCUUUCACUGCCACGUGUGCGGCAAGAGCUUCCCCUUCCAGGCCAUCCUGAACCAGCACUUUCGCAAAAACCACCCCGGCUGCCUGCCCCUGGAGGGCCCGCACAGCAUCUCGCCCGAGACCACCGUCACGUCCCGGGGCCAGGCGGAGGAAGAGUCGCCUCCGCAGGAAGAGACGGUGGCGCCGGGGGAGGCGGCCCAGGGCUCCGUGUCCACCACCGGGCCGGACUGAGCCGCGGCGGCGGCGGAGGGGGAGGACCCUCUUCCUCUUUGGGCGGUCAGCAGCUGGCACUGGGGGCGCGGGCCGGUACUGCGUUUCACAAGAUGCCACACCUCCGGACCGGACAGAACCCCCCCCCAAGAUGUUGCCAAAACCGAGAACGAACCACCUGCUCCCCGCAGCACUAAACGCCGUUCCUCACCCCCGCCCCUCCCUCCCUCCCACCCGCUCCUCGGCGAGCAGUCGGCAAGCAAGUCAGCCUUCUGAUUCAGGGAUCAACAGCUUUGGUUUGUUACUUUUUGAAAACGACGCUUUUUCUAGAGAACAAUUCAGGAUCAACUGUCAUUUUGUAACCAGUCACGUUUCCAGUCUGGCCCGCCCACCGGUCCACGUCAUCCCGGGGGCCGCCGGCUGGGCCGAGGAGCGGUAGCACUCAGGCUUUUUCCGUCCAAACCAGCUGCCGGAGGGGAGGAGGAGCAGGAAACUUUCUUGCCAGCAACUAGCAGCAGCUCCAUCCAAGUGUAGCAAGGAAGGGCUAACAUUGAAGCAGAGGCUGCGUUACUCACACGGAGGUGACCGUGAGUUUGUGACAUUUUGUUUUUCCUUUAAUUAUCUGUUAAAGUUUUCACUGUGUUGAUACUGUGAAUAGAGGAGAGUUUUCAUCAUACAGGGCUGUGGUCACUGACCCCUGUUUGCUGGUUCCCUCCUCUCAGUUGGCCUCUGCAGAGCCAUGAAACGCAUAUGAAGUCCCAACUGAAGCUACUUUUAAACAAAAGAAAACUUGUGAAAGGAAGGUUUCCCUCCCGCUUCCUCCUCCCCCCUCACACCUUUCCUUGGAAGAGAUGCCAGUCUCCAGGUAGUUUCUUUUAGCUACCCAAGAAUCCAAUCCAGGCACCUCGGGGUCAUUCUUAUACUUUGUAGCGGAAGUGAGCUCUAGUUUAAGGAUAUCGGGAAGGAAGAGGGGAUAGCAAAAUCAGCUUUAUGUUUACUUAAUAUACCUAGAAGAGUACAGGAAGAAUGCCUUGGUGAGGAUAUCCACAGUCCUUUCUGGUCCCCCAGGUGGGCCCCUCCUGGGUAACAAGCUGCCUUGGCCCCAAGGGUUAAAUGAUACCCAAAGGUCCUCUGUUGUGGAGCCUGGUGUCCAAUGGCAGUGCCAGGCUAAGUGCCAGGGGGUCUUGUUGCCGGGUCUUUGGGUGGCUAACGGUUACAGAAAAACUGCCUUGCGUGCCUCGGGGAGAGAGGAGAACUGGCUCGGUGUUGCCUGUUUCCAUUCUGAGCUGCCACUUGGAACCUCUCUAGCCUCUAAUCUGUCACCUAAUUGAGGUCUAAAUUUAGCAGAGGCCAACAGCGCUGUGGGCCGGAGGGGGCCUGAAUGACCUUUUACAACGUUCUCAUUUCAGGUUCCAACUCAGGGGAGUUGGAAAUCCU